UUUGUGAAUAACACAGCUCUUAAAUUCCGGUCGACUAUUAAGAAAUGACAUCACAACAAGAGAUUUAUCAACGAUGUAGCGCAACCGUUAAAAUGAUUCAAGUUACAGCAGAAACCGGGUGAGCAACUGUAAAAUCGCGUGCACGUGAUCGCGCUUUCUUGGCGGCGCAGACAGCAAGACUUCAACUCUGUUGUGAAAGGAUCUUUUGUGACUCAUUCGAUAUCGAACCGAGGCUGCGGGAAGCACUCUCCCAUUCUCCUCGCAACACCUCCUCGCAGCAUGUGCAGAGCAAGUUUGGCGUGCGGUGGGUGAGCCACAGAAUGACAUCAAGCGGACACCUCGGCGGGACAAAGGAUUUUCGGAGUCGACUUAAGUGAGUGGGAGGUGUGUUCCAAGCGCAUGGGUGUUGGGGCUGCUCCACUCGUCUUCCCUACUGCGUUCCCGAACAUGUCUUGGUCAUGGGUCGUCUACACCGGCAUGGAAGUGCUCAUCGCCGUUUCGUCGGUGAUCGGCAACGUGAUGGUGGUGUGGGCCGUGCGCAUCAACCGCUCGCUACGGGACACCACGUUUUGUUUCAUCGUCUCGCUGGCUUUGGCUGACAUUGCGGUCGGGGCUCUCGUCAUCCCCCUCGCCAUCACCAUCAGCAUCGGACUCGAGACUCACUUCUACAGCUGUCUGGCGGUCGCUUGCACCGUGCUCGUCCUCACGCAAAGUUCCAUUCUGGCCCUUUUGGCCAUCGCCAUCGACCGCUAUCUGAGGGUCAAAAUACCCAUGAGCUACAAACGAGUGGUGACCCCUCGGCGAGCCGGCUCGGCUGUGUUGCUGUGUUGGCUAGUGUCCAUCUUAGUGGGCCUCACACCUAUGUUCGGAUGGAAUAACUUACGACAUCUCCGUGACAAUGGCUCCCUUGUCAGUGAUGACCUCGUGGUGAAGUGUCAGUUUGAGACGGUCAUCUGCAUGGAUUACAUGGUCUAUUUCAACUUCUUCGGCUGGGUGCUGCCGCCUCUCCUCCUCAUGCUCCUCAUCUACGUGGAGAUUUUCUACAUGAUUCAUAAACAGCUCAAUAAGAAGGUAACAGUGAGCCACGCAGACCCGAGUCGUUACUUCGGCAAGGAGCUCAAGCUUGCCAAGUCCUUGGCUCUUGUCCUUUUACUCUUCGCUGUGAGCUGGCUUCCCCUUCACAUCCACAACUGCAUCACACUUUUUUGCCCCAAGUGUGACAAACCACCGAGCCUCAUUUUCAUCGCCAUCCUCCUAACCCACGCCAACUCGGCUGUCAAUCCCAUCGUGUACGCUUUCCGCAUUAAGAAAUUCCGCUCGGCCUUCUGGAAAAUUUGGAAUCGGUACGUCCUUUGUCGAGCACCAAUUGGUCAGCUGCCUCAAAAAGGGAGUCAGAGAAUACAGAACGCCACGAGGAGGCUGAGGCACAAUGAUGACGACGACGAUGAUGAUGACGAUGUGUGAAACUGAGCCGGUGCACUGUAACAUCCGGGAUUUUGGAUUUUUUUUUUCUCUCUCCAAAAUUCAAGGGAUUACAUUUUGGCCCUUAUUUAAAGGAUUUCUGAUGGAUUAAAACUACAGAGGAUCUAUUCCAUCCACAGUGCUACAUAUGGGGAUAAACCUAGAAAUCUGACUGACUCAGACAGGAAUGUUUUUGUUUAUGUCUCAACAAGCACCACAAUUUGGUGAUGUCACACGGGAUAAGGGGCUUACCGUCAAUGUGAAUGACUCUGUACAAAAAAAUAAUAAUAGUACAUUAUUUUACACACUUCCUAGUUCCCAAGAUGUGUUUUUUUUUCCCAACAGUUAAACGGUUGAGCCACAAUUAUGUGAACAGCAGGAAUGUGCCACUGGCUGGACAGACAUGUCACAAAAUUGUGACUUCUAAGCAGAUGCUUUGAGAAGGACAAUAAUGAAGGAAAGCUGCAAACGUGGAUGCUAAAUGGUGCACUUGGAGUUUGGCAAACUGUGGCCGGGUUGGAACGACGCAGUUGCCCGUCAGUCACAUGCAGGAUGUUACAUGCUUUUACAGGUGUGGAGGUUAUACGGGAGCACAUGGGGUAUUGAUUUGUUUAUCUGUGACUUCAAAUGCCAUCUUUAUCGUCCAAGCCUAAAACUUCAAUGAAUCUCCUCGAUACACUACAACUAUUGCUGUGAGAAAUACCAAGCUACCGUCUCCUCAAGAAGAGCUUCGAUUUUAGGACUUUUAGUCUGCGCUCAUCUUGUGUGACGGAGCAGAUUGGACUCAUCUCAACCAAUGUGAAGUUGUGAGAGUAUAUGCGUGAUGGAAGUACACGAAGCUGGGCUCAAACUGAUUCAGAUACUGGCUUCAUUUUGUUUUUCUGGCUGGAAAUGAGACAAGGAAUUAGCGAAAGACUGUCAGGUGUUAGAUAAGAUAUAUUUUCAUUGUCGCAUUUUGAAGGUGAUUCACAUCUUAAUAAUAUCUUUUGGACGAUGACGAUAGAUCCUGAUUACUGCAUGAUCUACAGAUUUAUCAUCAGCUAUGCAUUGAGAACUUUGGAUUCCUUUCUUGAGAAUGAAUGGAAAACAUGUUGUACUAUACUCUUAAGAAAAAUAGUAAUAACGCAUUCCAACUGUGUGCCACAUCUGUCGUCGAAAAGAUACCAGUUCACUGUCAGUGUGGCACUGUGUAUGCAGUAAAAUCACAAGUUCAACUCAAAAUUUGGCCAGAAUACGAAUCAGUUGUGGUGUAACUGUGUAUUAUUCUAUUGGAAUGUUAUUUAUUUGUGGAAAGAGUGGUACAUCAUAAUACAACUAUACCAGCCAAUAACGGAUUUGUACAAAUAACCCCUCCACCAUAGUUACACUUCAGCCUUAUCAUGCAGUAGUUGCAGCUGACUCAAUAAACACCCUUGGACACCGUA